AUGGCUCCUCAUUUACUCAAUGGUAACUCAGCCUUACCGUCAAGAAAGCUUAUCUUGCCUACAAAGCAACAUUAUCUAAAAGUCAAGUCAUUAUUAAAGUCUGAAUAUACGUCGUCCAUUAUUUAUAUGAAAGGAAAGCCAGAGUUGACUCGAGAUAACACAGAUAUAGAAUUAGAGUUUAGACAAGAAAGCUAUUUCUUUUAUCUAACAGGUGUGGAGGAGCCCAACUUUCAGGUGGUUGUUGAUUUAGAAAAAGAUGAAAUAUACUUGAUAACGCCAGAUGUAUCUGUCAACGAUGUCUUUUGGAAAGGACCUGCUGCGAAUAAGAGAGAAUUGAUGGAACGAUAUGAUAUUGAUGAAGUCAUUAGUGAAUCAGACUUACCUCAACUUGUACAGACACUUGCUCCCGAGACAAUCUUUGUUCUUGAUAACAAAAUGCAUUAUAUGCAUGCAUUAGAACUAAUUACAUCAUCCAGCAUCAGGAGCCGCAUUGACACACAACUACUUUUACCAGCCAUGGACGAGGCAAGACUUAUCAAGUUUUCAUGGGAGAUUGACAUCAUACGUCAAGUUAUGCACGCCUCUUCACAAGCUCACAUUGCAUUGAUGCAACAGUUUCAGCCUGGUAUGACAGAAGCUCAUCUCGCAGCUGUCUUUCGCUGGAAUUGCGCCCUUAAUCAGGUUUAUAGACAAGCUUACUUGCCAAUUGUUGCAUCUGGCUCCAGGGCAGCUACUUUACAUCACUUUCCUAAUAAUGAUCAGCAUAUAAUCAAUGACCCUCAUUCCCUCGUCCUGGUAGAUGCCGGUGGCGAAAAGUUGUGUUAUGGUAGCGACAUCACAAGGACAUUUCCCGUACAAGGCGUUUUUUCGGAUGAGGCAAAAGCUAUUUAUAGCAUCGUAUUAAAAAUGCAGCAAGUCGUCUUGUCAAAAUUAAGACCCGGGAUCUAUUGGCAGAAUAUGCAACAACUGGCCACGGAGAUACUCUGUAAGGAACUUGUGCGUCUCGGAAUCCUUGUGGGCGAUAUCAACGUCUUGAUGGAACAGAGUGUACCAUGUGCCUUUUAUUUUCAUGGUCUCGGUCAUGCCCUUGGGCUAGAUGUUCAUGAUGUAGGAGGUAAAGAGACAUCGAAGGAUGAUCCAACCGUAUCUCAAUUCUUACUUGAUCGGCCCUUGGAGAAGAAUAUGGUAAUCACCAUCGAGCCUGGACUUUAUUUUAAUGAUUACAUGCUGGACAUUUGGACACAGUGUCCUGGUUAUCAAUGUUUCUUCAACAUGGAAAUCUUGGAUCAAUACCGUCAUCUUGGAGGUGUUCGAAUUGAAGACACAGUCGUUAUUACUGAAGAUGGUCAUGAAAACUUGACAAUUGUGCCCAAGGAAAUAGACGAGAUUGAAGCAUUGAUGAUGAAAUAA